AAUAAAAGUGCACCUACUCAACAGGGCAGGUCUAACUUGUGAAUGAGCUUAAAAUGGCGACUGCCAGUGGAGACAUCAUUACACUUAAUGUAGGUGGUAAAAGGUUCUCAACCUCUCGCCAGACGCUGACAUGGAUACCUGAUUCAUUUUUCUCCAGUCUAAUAAGUGGUAGGAUACCUUCAGUGAAGGAUGAAACAGGAGCUAUAUUUAUUGAUCGUGAUCCUAGCCUAUUCAGAAUUGUCUUGAAUUUUUUGAGAACUCGUGACGUUGACUUGAAAAAUGUUAAUGUGUCUUCUUUGAGACAUGAAGCUGAGUUCUAUGGCGUACAUCCACUUGUGAAGAGAUUAGCUGUUUGCGAGGAAUUAGAGAAGUCAUCCUGUGGCUCUAUAUUAUUCUAUGCACAGUUAAAUCCGCCUGUUUUUGACGAACUAUCCCUAGAAACCCAGCAGGCUCAAGUAACAGCUCUACUAAAACCAGAGCUACAGAGACAGGUUAUACAGAUAGUCGGUCACAGUAAUUGCAUUGCAGUUGCUUACAAUCACUGUGUGUGUGUGCUUAGUGCUAGAGAGUCCAAAGGUUGGGAGCUUAUACACACAACGCCUCCACUUGAGAGAAGACCACAGUGCAUUGCACUCAAUGCUAGAGUCACUGCUACUUCCCUGGGAGAUAAAAUAUUAGCCGUGGUACUAGGUAAUGAAAUUAAAAUAUGGAGCAUCAGCCCUCAGCCAAGACUGCUAGCUACAUUUGAUAUGAAGAUUCCUAUUGAUGGAUUGUUCUUUAUCAACAACCAGCUGGUUGCCAUUAGCAACACUGGUAAAGUUGCAGUAUGGCAGUCGGUCCAAAGACACUGGCAGAUACAGGAGCUGUCACAGAUAAGGAGUUACGAUACAGCUGGCUCGUAUCUCAUUCUCGGUUGUAGCAACGGAAGCAUUUAUUAUAUUGAUAUGGAAAAGUUUCCUGUUAGGAUGAAAGACAAUGAUCUCCUUGUGACGGAGUUGUUUCAGGAUCCUUUUAAAGAAGAAGUGACGGCCCUGAGUAUAUUCAUGCCACCAAACUGCUAUGCUGGUCAGACGUGGAUGGAAGUAGCUUAUGGGACUGAUAGAGGAGGCGUGAGAGUGAUAGUACGUCAUCCUGAGAACAUCGGUCACACCCCACAAUUGUUUCAAAGUUAUAACGUUCACAGUAAUCCAGUGUCUAAAGUUGUACUAGGAGAGAAGCAUCUUGUAUCUGUUUGUGCUGAGAAUCACAUCAGGUCAUGGACGAUCACUAGGUUCAGAGGACGCAUAUCAACUCAACCUGGCUCAACUCCUAUUGCCUCGUUUAAAGUACUCUCACUUGAAGGAGCUCACUCGCUCUACUACCCAGUAAACUCUAUUGGUCCUUAUGGUGAAGGAGAUGAUGAGCAAGUGUUUGUCCAGAGAGUCAUACCAGACUCUGACACGAUAUUUGUACGUUUAUCAUCAACUGGUGAAAGGUUUGUGUGUGUCUAUUAUUAAGUUGGAGGGAAUUGGGGACUGUUACAUUCGUCAUUGUGGCUUAAUACAGUGACAGUGUUUUUUGGGAGCUCCUUCUAUUUGAUUAUAAUAAAUAUAGCGGUCCUUUAGGAUAAUAAACAAUAGAAAUGAAUAGGGAUUGUACAAUUAUGCAAGUGUGCAUCAUUUCUAUAGAGUAUGAGUGUGACGAUAAUUCACAUACAGUGAACAUAAUUAUAAUUAUAAUUGCGUUAUAAUACUGAACUCUAUUUCCCUUUGCUUGUACUCCAUUACAUGUAAUAUGAUUCUGUUAAUACAUACAGUGCAUGUGACAGUGCUUCAGUAUAAUCAUGUGUUAUAUUCCAUCGCAUAAAUCUUAUCAAUCAUCCUUCCUGUACUGCAAAGUGCAUGCAUGUAUAUUACUUGUAUAGUCUCACCCUAAUACAUGUGACAGUGUCUCGGUAUAUCAUAAUUAUGUUAUAUUCCAUUGCCUAUAAUGUACUAAUCUUAUCAAUCAGGAUCACUCUUCCUCUUGUACAGUUGCAUACCUGUAUAUCACAAUGUUGCAUCUCCAGAUGUACUUUUAGUCAUUUCUGCUGAUUGUAUGAUUUUUUGUUUUCUUCUUUUCUCAGUAAUGGAUUGGCCUAACUAAUCAUUAAAGAUGGAAUGAGUAGUCUACAUGUCAGAGUGUACAUUAUUUUGAGCUGCGUGUCCAUGUACAGUGUACAUGGUGUACAUGAAUGCUGUUUUGUCAUGCGUCUAGUCUUUGUGUCUUCCUACAGCUAAUGUGUGUGGAUUAGAUUUUACCAAAAUGAGCAAGAUUUAUUUAAUUUUUAUUUAUUUACUUCCAUGCACAUUUAGCAGAUAAAUACUAAAAAAAAGAUAAAUACUAAAGCUUAUUAUAAAUACAGUCGGCAAAAUUAUCAUUGUGCAUGUACAUGCAUGCUUGUUAGAAGAAUUUGCAUGUGUGUAUAUGUUUGUUUGUGUUGAUUGUGUUGUGUUUGUGUCCAUAUCUUGUUGACUUGUGUCACGCUGGAGAGUCUUAAAAGGGAUUGUGUUUGCCUUGUAUCCAUGGCAGCCAAUCCUAUUUCAAUUAUUUGGAUUUGGAAAGCCAGCCAAGUACGAUAUUAUGGUGUAGGAUAUAUUGGGUAUUGUUUUUUCUAGCUUUCUCUCCCUUUCUCACCUUUGAAAUAUUUUGAUUAAGUUAAACAAUUAGUUAUUUUGCUUUUGAGUCAUUGAAGUCUCUCAUUUUUAUCUAAUAACGAGUCACAAGCAACAAUGAGAUCUAAUUAACGAAUCGAAGGGAUGGAGUUGCUAAUAGAGUUAUGCGUGCAUGUGCCGAGCUUGUGAUACAUGGAAUAUAAAUGGAUUAUACACUUUGCUCUUGGCUUCUCGCCUCUGUCUCUUGCUGCCCCUUUUCUUGUUUUUUUUAAUGCCUUGCUCCUUCACUCUCUCUCCCUCUUUCUCUCUCUCUCUCUCUCUCUCUCUCUCUC